CCAUCGCUGGUGUGGAAUUUAGACCUACUUCCCAAAUCAUGACAACUAGGUUUUAAAAGUCAGGUAUUUUUCGAAAUUUAAUGGUGAAAAAUAAAGGGUGUGCGACUGUGUGUACAACACAAGAGAAAGGGUGUCUAACAGAUUACCAAAGAAAAAGAAAGGAGGUGGGAACGUCAUUAAUGAGGCCGAGGACCAAGUUCGAGUAUUGUGUCAUUAAUUUAAUUGAAAUCUCCACGUACGGACGGAUUUGGCAAGUUUUUUUUAAAGAGAGAUUUUCCAUAUCGUAAGUUAAUGACAGUCAGAGCAAUUUUGAUUUAGUUACCAUAUCUGUAUGCAAACAAUCUACUCAUUUGUGCUUUGAUUACUUGGCAAGUUAAUUCUAGUCUUCUCAUCCUCUAUAAAAGAUUAGUAUAACAAAGAGAAAGAAAAACUCCCCCAAUUCUGUUUUGUGUUCUGAUUUGAGAAGCCAUUAAAGGUACUAACUCUUCCCAUUAUUAAACUUCUCUCCUCUUUCGUAUUCAUUAUUCCUACUAAACAACUUCUCUCCUUAAUUAGGCUUUCCAUUGCGUUUUUGGCUUUUUUGUCAAGAUUAACAGGGUUUUUAUUUUACUGUUUUUGGGUCUUUCGCUUUCUGUCUCUGUUUUCUAUUGCGUUCGCGUGCGGCCGGUCUACGUACCUUUUUCUUUUCUACAAGAGUCAGUGUGUGGUUUUUUUUGUAUGUAUGUAUUGAUUGAUUAGAGCUCUAACAGGUUUUACAGAUGGGAAGAGCUAAACAGAGAAUGGAACUGAUACGCAACGGAAAGUCUCGGUACGUAACGUUUCAAAAGAGAAAGAAGGGGAUGAAGAAGAAGGCUUAUGAGUUACAAACCCUGUGUGAUGUUGAAGUUUGCUUGAUUGUUUACGGUCCCACAACGGAUGAACAUCAUAAUAAUCCUUUGGAGGCAGAAAUCUGGCCCGAAAAUCCCGACACAAUCCAUCACUUGCUAGAUUCCUACAAAAACCAACCCCCUGAGGAGCGCGUGAAGAAGACCCAAACCCUGUCCAACUUUUUUAUCGACCGGAACCAAAAGAUUGAAGACUCGCUUGUGAAACUACGCAAGAAAAACGACGAUGCUACUUACUCCACGUGGGAUGAUCGUUAUAGCAAUUGGUCGAUGGAACAACUGAGAGGAUUUGAAAUUACCUUGGAGGGAAAGCUUCGAGAUGUGAAGGCAAGAAUUGCGCUGAUGAAGGGUACUUCUUCUCUCACUCAAAACCCUCCUCCGUGCUUUCUACAAGGCAUGUUCGGAAUGAGGAACACACAAUGGGAGGAGCGACAUGAGCAGCAGCCUAUUUCGAUGCUGAAUUCGCGGCAUGAGUUUGUCAACGCUCCUUUUCAUUACCCUUUCGAUCAGGAGAUUCAGCAGGCCGGGAUUCAGAGUGAUGCGAAUUUAAUGGCAAAUCCGGUAAUGAUGACGCAAAUGAAUUACGGUAGCCAAUACAGUAGCAUUCAACUUGGUGGCGUGUCUAGUAGCAAAUUCAUGUGCAAUCUUCCACUUGAGAGGCCAAUUUAUGGUUACGAUCCAUUGAUAAUGCCUGUGAUGUCGGAGAAUAUGGUGUAUAACAACACUCCUCUCCCCAUCGGCUAUUGCAAUCCGAACAUGGAAACAAUGUUGCCAUAUCUACCGUGCUUCAAGAUGGGGAGCAAUUCUUCUCAUAUGGAUAAAUACUUCAAAGCAAGCGAAUUCCAGACGAAUAACCAGAACUGAAUGCAGGUUUUGUUAGGAAUGCUGAUGCCUGAUGGUACAUUUAGUACGUACGUAGUAGGUUUAGACUAAAUUCAAUUUAAUUAACUAGGGUUUGGAUAUAUGAUAAAAAA